UGGAGGUCCUUGGAAGGGGUGGUUCGGGGGAUGAUUUGAAACAACUUAUUCCUUAGUGAAAAUAUUGUCCGAGGCUACCGUAGCCUACGCUACCCGGAACGCUCCACCGGCAUACUCGCCCUCUGAUUGGUCGGGGAUUUCUGAAGUCUCGGACAACAUUUUCACUAAGGAAAAAGUUGUUUUAAAUCAUUCCCCGAACCACCCCCAUUCAAGGACCUCCAACAUUUUUGGGACACCCUGUAUAUAUACAAAAUUUUACUUGAGUGAUGUCAAUAUUUACUUAUGUUGUGUUUUUCAAAUACAAAAAUUUAGUCGUACAUUGUAAACAUAUGUAUAACAGCAUUGCGUUUUUGAGGCAUUGGUUUUGGGGUCCCCUUUUGAUUAGGACCCUGGGCACUGGGACAAUCUGGGACAAUCAUGUUUAUCGUUGCGUAACUGAGUCACGUGAUACUGUAUCAAAUAUAAACAGAUAGAAAACAAUAGCAGACAACGUGGACGAGGGUAUAAUUAUUGAGAAGUUCUGUCAAUUAAAGUUUUAAUGAUUGAAAAAUGAAGGGUUCCCUGAAAUUUAUUCUAAACCUGAGUAGUCUAACUACCGUAGGUUUCGGUGGUUGGUAUUUUGGUAAAUAUUCGGAAAAGAAACGGUAUUUCGAUGCAGAAAAAGAUGACAGUGAAACGAGUAUUUUUCACAAUAUAAACAUUAGAAAGAUGCCUGGUUUGCCUUUGUUUGGAACAGUUUCUGCAGCCACUGCAUACGUUCCCACGGAAACUGCAACAGAUAUGGGUUCAAAAUUGUCAACAGCGUCAAGAGUGUCUGAAAUUAUGAAAUAUGGUUUUCCUGGAUUCGAUAACAUAAGAUCGUUCGAGGAUUUUGUACUUUCCUAUGACAGAAGAAAUAGGGUAGCUCAUUGGGUGUUUGAACAUUUAACCAAAGAUAGACUACAACAGAACAAUGAAAUAUCACGUAGUAAAUGUGAAUUCAAACCUGAUCCAAGUAUACAUCCCUUUUUUAGAUCAGACAAUAGCGACUAUAAAGGUAGUGGGUACGAUCGAGGACAUCUAGCAGCAGCAGGAAAUCAUAAAGUCAAUCAAAGUCAUAUAGAACAAACAUUUUUCCUCUCAAAUAUGGCACCGCAAGUGGGUGUAGGUUUUAAUAGAGAUGCUUGGAAUAGAUUAGAAAAAUAUGUUAGAAAUUUAACUAAAAUGUAUAAGGAUGUGUUUGUUUGUACAGGACCUUUAUAUUUGCCAAAAAAAGAGGCUGAUGGGAGGAAAUAUGUACGUUACGAAGUUAUUGGUACAAAUCAUGUAGCUGUACCCACACAUUUUUAUAAAAUAAUUGUUCUCGAAACAAACGACUCAAAAUUAGAAAUGGAAGCAUUUGUAAUGCCAAAUGCUCCUAUAGCUGACAAUACUCCUUUAACAAAUUUUCAGGUACCACCAGAGAGUAUAGAACGUGCUGCUGGACUUUUAUUUUUCGACAAGAUAUCACGUGAUAAAUUGAGUAAAAUAAAUGGGAAGAAGAUUGGUUGGUCUUAAUAGAUUUAUAAAAUUAGACUAAAUACUAAAUGGAAAAUGACUUUACAAAAAUCAAAUAUAGGUGUACAUAAAUAUUUUUCUCAUCUCUAGUCAAAUUUUAGAAAAAUUUUUCAAAUGUUUGUACAUAUUCAAAAGUAAUAAUUUUAUGUUAUUACGUAAUUAUUUGUACAUACACGUUGUGAAAGUGAAAUGGAAUAUUUCAAGUAUUUUAAUUUUUAUUGGUUUUUGUACAUUCAAUUAACGAAAGUAUUUUAUAAUUAUAGAUCCACAUAUAUUGCAUGUUGUCACAUUUUGUCAUAAAAUAAGUACAUGAAAAUCGCAUGCAUACGUA